AUGGAACACUCUUUUACUCUGCUUCCUUCAGCCCUGGGCGAGGGAGAAGCAAACAAGGUCGGCGAUCACCCCAACCACGUCGACGCUGAGGCUGAGGCCGAGGCCGAGACGACAGCCAAGAAUCAGCGCAGGAAGGUUCAAAAUCGGAAGAACCAAAGAGCACACCGUGAGUGUGUCCCCUCAAUGCCUCACCUCCUACCGCGCUCACGAGCUUUGAAGGAUUGCGGAUUAGAGAGCACGACCCAGGUUCUGUUCAGACAUCGCGCCCGUUCCAAGUCAGGCGCUGGCGCCUGGACGAACUCGAUGUUUGUCCCUCCCACAACGCCUCGACAGCAUCGAAAUGCACAACCGCCACGUCCAUUUCCCCUCGACGGUCUCACCCUCUUCGGUCCUUACCGUGACGACACAAGCGUCUACCCAUUGAACCCCAACAUUCCUUUCUCCCUCGUCCCGACCCGCCUCCAACAAACCCGCUUGCACCCCAUCUGGAUCAAUUUCUUCCCUUUCCCCUGUCUCCGUGAUAAUCUUAUAAGACGCGAAGGAAAUUUCGACCACUGGGAGCUGCUACAAGACCUCAUUGGUGAGCUCAUGAGUGCCACGCCGGUUCAAAAGCGACGAGGUACGCCCCUCACCUUUACGGUCUCCGAUCCCCAAACCUUGUGGACCCUGCCCCUCACAACAGGACGUGACGAGGAUGAGAUCACUGCGGGGCGCAAGGGACUUAUUGUUUGGGGUGAACCGUACGACGUGCGGAACUGGGAGGCCACCCCCGGCUUUCUGGCGAAGUGGUCGUGGGCGGUGGAAGGAUGCGACGAUUUAGUUGAAUCUAGUAACCGCUGGAGGCUGAUGAGAGGAGAGGAACCUAUUUGUCUCUCUGAAUAG